GUAUGUUUCAUUACACAUAUUUCACAGCCUCACAGAUAUAUACUUAUUAGUAUUAAAAUACUUCAAAAUGAAGACAGAAAAAGACAUUGAGAAGUUGUUUGAGACUCACACUGUUGAAGAAGUGGCUAUUGAGUUGAAAAAAAUACAAAAUACAAUUGAAAGAAAAAAAGAAGAUCUCCGAGUAAUGGUUGGGGAAAGGUACCGUGACUUGAUAGAAGCUGCAGACACCAUACAGUGCAUGGAGAGCAGCGCUGCAGGCGUGUGCACGGAAGUGGCCGCUGUACAGAGGCUUUGCUCCAGCCUGCAGCACAGAGGGCUUAUUGGAUUCAAAACAACACCUGCCAUUGAUGCAUUUGGCGAUGGAGCAAGUAGUUCACUAUUGAGCAUUGGUGCUCAAAUAAAGGUGGUGGUGAUGGCGAGCAGUAGAGUAUGGGCCUUGCUGGAGACAGAGCAGUUGCUUCCUGCCACCCUUGUUUACCUCUUCACUCAGCAUACACACACCGCCCUCAUACUCUCUCAGGCAACAUACCAGGUGGACCUGGAUGAGCAGUUCCCGGUACUAGCCAGGCAGUGGGCGAGCGUGCAGCUGCUGCCUGACAUUAUCAAGCGUCUCUGUCACCACACCAUCACCAGCUCCUCCAGUUCAACUCAGAGUGUGUGCCAAGCCGUGGUGUCACUGCAGCUGCUGCAGGGAGAAAGUCUGAGUGCCACUCUGCAGGCUGUGCUGCAGCUGCUGCAGGACGUCCUCCUAGGCUCCCUCACCUCCUACACGCCGCAACAGACGGCACGAUCCUUGGUUACCUGCUUCGCGUCGCAGCUCAUCCGCGCCCUGACUGUCCUGCACGCUGCUUUCCACGCCGAUGGUGGGGCGAUGAGCGCAGUGGAGCAGAUGGUGGAGAACGUGACGAGCGCUGCUAGCGUGUCGCCCGUCUCGUACUUUGACGAGCCCAAGCGUCUCGUGGACAGCAUCCCUCUUGCCGUCCGCUCCUACAGGCCGCGCGUGAGCUCAGGAGGGUCCCGUCUGGGUGAAGGCGAGCUCAGCGACAGCGUCGUGUCGUGGCUGCGCUCUGUCACGGAGGUCGCCACGGUUCAUCUCACCUCCAUACUCGGCUACUGCCCUUCGGUGCAGUCCGUGUGCACCGUGCAGGCCGGCGUGCUGCAGAUGCUUCAGAAACUUCCUCACACGUCCUGGUCUCAGGUGACGGAGGCGCUGGGUGUGGGCAGGUGGUGCGUAUGGCGGCAGGUGGUGCGAGGCUGUGUGCUGGCGAGGGCACAGCAGCUGGUCAGGCUGCAGCUGGCUAGAGCAACUCAACAGGCGCUCGACGACGUCACUCAACUCGUCCACGCCAUCUGCACCAAUGACAAGGUGCGGUGCAGUGAGGGAGAGGGCGUGGUGUCGUACGUGUGGUCUGAGGCCGCUGGAGACUUGCCUGAUCAGGUGGGCUGGCUGUCUGCCUCACAACGCACGCUGCAGCAGGGAGGCGGUCUGGCCUACAAGGCGUUGGGCUACACGCAACGCACCCAGAAAAUUUGCUCAAACCUGAACACCGCCCUGGAGCAGCUGCGUGUAGACCUGCAGCACAUGCAACACGCAGGUGGUGACGGCCACGCCGAGAGCCUGGAGGACUACAAGGCUCUGCUGGCGCUGCUGCAGCAGGAGUCUGGCCACGUCUUCCUGGGUUUGAUUCGUGACAUCGAGAACGAGGCUCUAAAGAGUGAGCCUGAGACGCGACCAGCUGAAGACGAGGAUAUGCUGCAGGAGAGCGAGGGAGGCGGGCGUGGGGUGUCCCUGAGCAGCCACGAGGUUACGUGCGUGUCACUCGCACGCCUCAUGCACGCUUUCAGCAACAACUGCACCAACCUGCAGCUCUGUGCUAUUGCUACGGCGCUCACCAACCCCGACACUGUCAGGCGAAUCGGUCUGGGUCUGAGCGUGAGCUGCAGUGACGAGAAUGUGUGGGACACAACACGUGCGGCGCUGGCGGCUGCCAACACGUCCCUGCUCGAGCGCUUCCUGGCGAGCCUCCUCCUGCAGCUGCAGGACUGCCUCAGGACGCGCCUCACCGCCCCCCUCACCACCGACAGCGUGGCUGCUGCUCUUGCCAACAUGUCGUUGUGCGAGAGCGUCGAGGUGAGCGAGGACGGCGCUGAAGGCAAGGUUGUCUCCAGCCUGCGCGUGCCCUGCCAGCCCAGUCCUGCCCUGCUGCACGGCCUGCAUGGCCUGUGUGCCCGCCUCAACGCUGCCGUCCUGCACACGCUCAGCAGCAAUUUCAGCCGUAGUGUGGCCGGAAGCGUGUGCCGCUGUGUGGUGGCGGCGUACAAGGAUGCAGUGGCCGCCGUCACGGCUGCUGAGAGCCAGCAGCUCGCGCUGCACCUCAUCUUUGAUCUGAAGUUUGUGGUGGCUGCGCUCCUGCCUGCUGAUGCUCAGUUCGAGAGCCUCGGCGCGGAGGUCCAGGAGCUGCAGCAGCAGCUCGAGGGCUGCGUCGACCCCUUCGACAUGAGCGUCUACGAGAGCCACCUCAGCGCCCGCGUCAGGGCCUCCGCCAACCGAUGUCAGGUGAUCCUGGGCGCUGUGAUGGUGCGCGACCGCCACCACCCGCUAGUGAACUUUACAAGCAGCAGCGCUGCCAUCCUGCCAGUCGUGCCCGUGGUCGAGAUUCCGCGCUUCAGUAACGUGCCGCUGCCUAAGACGUCAUCGACCACCGACGCAGGCUCCCUCAUCAUGGAGUCAACCUCAAGCGCCGCCUCCUCGCACCUAACUCCCCAGCACAGUAAAAAGGAGACGCCCCCACAGGCGGCCACGCUACCAUCGAGCGCUGCAGGCUCGUCAGGAGCCAUCACGCGUCCCAGCGCGUCUUCAAUUUUCUCGGCUAUGAGCUCGUCUUGGUUCGGGUCGACCUCCUUCAAAUAAAUAUACACGCGUUGUAGGUCUGCUGCGAACAUUAAUGCUUGGGUCAUUUCUCUGCAAUUUAGUGUUGUCUUAUAUUUAUUAUCCUGUUGUCAUACUGAUAUCCAUUUUAUGUGUUAAUAAAUUUGUUGAAUAUU